CAUCUGCCGACGCCUGAGGCUGGGACCGGGCGACAUGGCGGCGGCGGCGGCGGCGGCGGCGGCGGCGCUGGCGCGGCUAGCGGCGGCCUUCCUCCUCCUCGCGGCCCAGGUGGCCUGUGAGUACGGCAUGGUGCACGUGGUGUCCGAGACCGGGGGCCCCAAAGGCAAAGACUACUGCAUCCUCUACAACCCGCAGUGGGCCCACCUGCCGCUCGACCUCAGCAAAGCAUCUCUUCUGCAGGUGCGGGACUGGACGACCUCCGUGCUCUGCUCUCCGGCCGACCUCCCUGCCAAAGGCUUCAGUAACCAGAUCCCCCUGGUGGCGCGGGGGAACUGCACCUUCUACGAGAAAGUGCGGCUGGCCCAGGGCAGCGGGGCGCGUGGGCUGCUCAUCAUCAGCAAGGAGACGCUGGUCCCCCCAGGAGGCAACAAGACGCAGUACGACGAGAUCGGCAUUCCCGUGGCCCUGCUCAGCUACAAAGACAUGCUGGACAUUUUCGAGACUUUCGGCCGGGUGGUACGGGCAGCACUGUACGCCCCCAAGGAGCCCAUGCUGGACUACAACAUGGUCAUCAUCUUCAUCAUGGCUGUGGGCACCGUUGCCCUCGGGGGCUACUGGGCCGGGAGCCGGGACGUGAGGAAGAGGUACAUGAAACACAAGCGGGACGAUGGGCCCGAGAAGCACGAGGACGAGGCUGUGGACGUGACGCCCGUCAUGAUCUGCGUGUUUGUGGUCAUGUGCUGCUCCAUGCUGGUGCUGCUCUACCACUUCUACGACCAGCUCGUCUACGUCAUCAUCGGCAUCUUCUGCCUGGCCUCCUCCACGGGCCUCUACAGCUGCCUGUCGCCGCUCCUCCAGAGGCUGCCGUUCUGCAGAUGCAGGGUCCCUGACAACAGCCUGCCCUACUUCCACAAGCGCCCUCAGGUCCGCAUGCUGCUCCUGGCGCUGCUGUGCGUGGCCGUCAGUGUGGUGUGGGGCGUCUUCCGGAACGAGGACCAGUGGGCUUGGAUCCUUCAGGACGCGCUGGGCAUUGCCUUCUGCCUCUACACCUUGAAAACCAUCCGCCUCCCCACGUUCAAGGCCUGCACGCUGCUGCUGCUGGUGCUGUUCAUCUACGAUGUGUUCUUCGUGUUCAUCACGCCCUUCCUGACCAAGAGUGGGAACAGCAUCAUGGUGGAGGUGGCAACCGGGCCGUCAGACUCGGCCACCCACGAGAAGCUCCCCAUGGUGCUGAAGGUGCCCAGACUCAACGCCUCGCCGCUGGCCCUGUGUGACCGGCCCUUCUCCCUCCUGGGCUUCGGGGACAUCCUGGUCCCAGGGCUGCUCGUGGCCUACUGCCACCGCUUCGACAUCCAGGUGCAGUCCUCCAGGGUCUACUUCGUGGCCUGCACCAUCGCCUACGGCAUCGGUCUCCUGGUGACGUUCAUGGCGCUGGCCCUCAUGCAGCGCGGCCAGCCUGCCCUCCUCUACCUGGUGCCCUGCACGCUCGUCACCAGCUGCGCCCUGGCGCUCUGGCGCAGGGAGCUGGGCAUGUUCUGGACGGGCAGCGGCUUUGCGAAGGACCUACCUCAGUCGCCGUGGGCGCCAGCCUCUGCCGACGGCCCGCAGCCCCAGGCGGACUCCGACGCCGCCCCCUCCCAGCAGCCUCCCGGCCAAGAAGCGGCCCCGUCCCCUCCGCCCGCGGAGCAGCCCCCAGAGUCGUCCGCGCCCGAAGAGAGCGGGGCCGGCGCGCCCCCCCAGGAGCCCGAGAGUCCGGCAGGCCUCGGCCCCGGCCCCUCGGCCUAGGGGAGGGCGCAGACUCGGCCCCCGCGCCCCGGGACUGGACCCGCGCGGACCCCAACUUGGUGCUCUGGCCUGGCCGAUGCGCACGUCCUGCUCCAGCCCGGCCACACCCCGGACCCCAGCCCUGCUCCGAGCUCGCGUGGCUGCCA